AUGGCUUGGAGAAACUUUUGUGGAGCUCUUGAGUAUGGACGUGUACCUCCAAUGGCGGGUGGGGGGAAAAUUAAGGGGUUUGGUGCGCCUCCUACCCCUCCCCUUACCCUCCAGGCAUGUGUAGUGUGGUCGUAUGUGAGAUGUCAUCGACCUUGUAGCGGUUUCCCACUGUCUGUUUGUUGGUGGGGUUGGACAGGACGAGUUCAUUAUUUUCCCAGCUCUAAACCACAGGCCAGCGUCGCUUUCUGUCUAAAGUGGGUUAAUUAUGUUUUGGUCAUUGGUUUAGCAUUUAAACAAUUUGGACCAGAAUUAGAGGAUCCUGUGUCUGAGAGCGGUAGCACUUACAAAACUAUCUAUUACCUGCGCAGUAGGGAGUUCCUUUGCAAUUAA